AUGAAUUCUACAGAGACAGACCAACCUCUAGUAAGAUGUCCUGAGUCAGCUAAGAAACGUCACAAAAGCACCACGGACCUUCCGUGUCCAAGCAGCAUUCGUUUACUUCAACCCUCAGUCCCGGGUCCCACGGACAAAGAACAAGCCCUCUGGCGUCGGUCCUCUUUGAAAGAGACCAACAACGUCUCUCGGUUACGCCGCCAUGCUCUCAGCGUCCCUAACAUAGGCUCCACCAGCCCGCUUUGCUUCAUCAACAGCAGCCCUCUGCACAGCGCCCCCCUCUCACCAGCACCCAGCAACCUAUCCAGCCCUGCUAGAGAGUUGGAGCGUCUUCCAAAAGCCCGGAGUCAACUUCUGGAAACUGAGAGCAACCAAACCCCUACACUUCCUCCGGAAGUCCGAGAGCAGCUUCGCUACGUGUCCAAAGACGGGAAGUGUCACGUCAACCUGUGCAAUGUCUCAGAGAGAGGGCGCUACUUGUCGGACAUCUUUACAUCUUUUGUGGACCUUCAAUACCGCUGGUUUCUCUUUGUCUUCAUGAUGUGCUACAUCGUAACCUGGUUCUUGUUUGCUGGACUUUACUACAUGACUGCAGCCCUUCGGGGGGAGCUGGGGCAGCCUUUUGAAAACCUAGAAGCCAAUGCUGGUGACCAAAAACCCUGCUACUUCGGUCUGGACGGCUUCAUUUCAGCCUUGCUCUUCUCCGUGGAGACCCAACGUACCAUCGGGUAUGGGUCACGCACCGUUUCUCCCUCCUGCUAUGAGGGUGUGCUGCUGGUAAUGAUGCAGUGUAUCGUUGGCUCUAUGAUCGAUGCCCUGAUGGUUGGGUGCAUGUUUGUCAAAAUAUCCCGUCCAAAGAAGCGGGCUGAAACCCUGCUUUUCAGCCGAACCUGCGUGAUUGCACACCGUGAUGACCAGCUGUGCUUGAUGUUCCGUCUGGGCGACCUUAGAGAGAGCCACAUGGUGGACGCCAAAGUCCGGGCAAAGUUGAUCAAGUCCAGACAAACGGCCGAGGGCGAGUUCUUGCCUCUUGAGCAGACGGAGAUUGACCUUGGCUACGAAACCGGGUCCGAUAGACUUUUUCUGGUGGAGCCUCAAGUUAUCCAACAUAAUAUUGAUACCAAGAGCCCUCUCUGGGAGCUGGGUCCUGAUCAACUUAGACGUCAACAGUUUGAGAUCAUCGUUAUCCUGGAAGGAAUUGUUGAGGCAACUGGGAUGAUGUGCCAAGCCAAGACAUCUUACAUCGAAACAGAGAUAGAGUGGGGCGCUCGCUUUGAGCCGUGCAUGACGCUGGAGAAAGGCUCAUUCAAGGUGGACCUGCGGCGCUUCCACUCAACCUACCAGGUACCGCUGCCCAACUGCAGUGCCAGCCAGGCGCACCAGUUAUUAGCCAAAGCCCAAAGCCACAAACUGUACAGAGACUGGGAGACUUGGUCGGAGGGAAAAUCAAAAGAGGAGAAAGAAAAGACCCCAUCUCAUAGAGGAUUCACCAUCGGGGACAUCGAAGAGGAGGGGAUGUCUGAGGGAAACGAGAGUGAACUGACUGGAGAGAAGAAUGUGCCCUUGCAGGACCUCAGUUUUCAUCAUACCUAAGAAUACUUUAAGACUAUAAAAAAGAAAUUAUUUUUAUUAUAUUAUUUAGAAAUGCAAGAAUUUUGAAAGAAGUCAGUCAUUUUUAAGAACAACUUCAUCAUGUCUUGUGGUGAGAUGACAGAAACAUCCUCUCCAAACCACAUUGUGUGCAGACAGACUAUUGCUCAGCACUUGAGCACAUUUUUUUAACUUUUACCUGAGACAUAAUUUAAAAAUGUACUUGUAUUUCAAAUUAAGUCAUGCUGUUGUAAAGCAAGUUUAUUUUUGUUUCUAGCUGUCUGGAAUUCACUGCCUUCUACUAGGAAAAAAAGAAAAGACUGA